AUGACCGUGGAACCACCACCGCCGAAGCGCAGAGCGUCUGGCCUGAGACGUAUACGUGAUCAACGGGAGUUGAGGCCAUUCAUUCCCCAGCCGGUUGGACGACGGGUAGACGCCAGCGGGACCGUGAUGACCCCGCUAAAGCAGCUGACGACGAAUAUCGUCGAGACGUACCACAUCUGCAACCCGCAGUUCAAGUACGAGUCGACACAUAACCCUCGUCGCGUUCUCACGAAGCCGAGCAAACCGGUGCACAACGACGGAUAUGACAAUGAAGAUUACGAUUACAUCCUCUACGUGAACGACUGGCUGGGCACGGACGACGGUCACAAGUACCUCAUUCUAGACAUCUUGGGUCAAGGGACGUUCGGCCAGGUAGUGAAAUGUCAGAAUAUGAAGACACACGAGGUGGUGGCGGUCAAGGUGGUGAAGAACAAACCCGCGUACUUCAAUCAGAGUAUGAUGGAGGUCACGAUACUCGAGCUGCUCAACAACCAAUGCGAUCCGAAUGACGAGCACCACAUCCUCCGAUUGCGAGACUCCUUCAUCCACAAAAGCCAUCUGUGUCUCGUCUUCGAGCUGCUGUCUUCGAACCUCUACGAGUUGAUCAAGCAGAACCAGUUCCAAGGACUGAGCACGCAGCUCGUCAAGGUCUUCACUGCGCAGUUGCUGGACUCGAUGACGGUGCUCAAGGAGGCGCGGCUCAUCCACUGCGACCUGAAACCUGAAAAUAUCCUGCUGAAGUCAUUGCAAUCACCACAAAUCAAGGUGAUUGACUUCGGUUCGGCGUGUCACGAGCGACAAACCGUCUACACCUACAUUCAAUCACGGUUCUAUCGUUCGCCGGAGGUGCUCCUCGGCAUUCCGUACACCGCCGCAAUCGACAUGUGGUCCCUGGGCUGCAUUGCGGUGGAGUUGUUCCUCGGCUUGCCCCUCUUCCCGGGGACGAGCGAGUAUAACCAGAUUACGCGCAUCGUGGAGAUGCUAGGGUUGCCACCGCAGUAUAUGCUCGACAUGGGGAAGCAGACUAGCCAGUUCUUUGACACGAUCGUCGACCAGUUCGGGCACAAGAAGUACCGCCUGAAGAGCCUGGAGCAGUACUCACGGGAACACAACACGAACGAGCAGCCCGGGAAGCAGUAUUUCAAGGCGACCUCGCUGCCCGAGAUCAUCCGACAGGCACCGAUGCCGUCGUUCAAGUCGACAUCACGGCAGCAGCACGAGAUCGAGAAAGAAAUGAACAACCGUGCGGCGUUCAUCGACUUCGUCCAAGGCCUGCUGAACAUGAACCCGAUCGAGCGGUGGUCUCCGCAACAAGCGCGUCAGCAUCCGUUCAUCACGUCAGAGAAGUGGACGGGCCCUUGGAGCCCCCUCUCGGCCUCGACCCCUGCUCCGUCUCAGAGCGCACCCGGAACGUCGUCCAACUCCAACUCGAGUGCGAACCAGAACGCCGCUAAUGCGAAGCGGCCGUACGGCGGGCUGGUGCCGUCGCAGCCGAAGGGGACACGCGCAUACCAGGACGCGGCGUCGUAUAAUCAGCACCUGGCACAGCACCAGGCGUAUACGGCACAGGCACAGGCGGCUUCUCAGGCGGCGCAGAACGUCUUCAGGAACCCCUAUCUGCAGCCGGCCUCCGCGCAGUCCCACUCGUCGUCGUACAGCGGGUCGCAGGAGGGAGCGAGCGGCAACAACUAUCCACCGCAAGCUCAGCAGUAUGCCUCGCCCCCCACGCACACGGCGGGACAUCGCGGCCUAACACACCAGACAUCACACGGGCACCUGAACGUCAACACGGACGUCCCGCACUACGCCGGGCAGUCGACAGGAGGGGGAGGGUUUACGGUGCCACAGCAGCUGAACCCAGCGCCCCCAGGCCAGUCGUACUACGGCAACGCCCGCGCGCGGUCAAACACCAUCCACAAUGGAAUGGACAACAUCCCACCCGCGCUCGCCCGCCUGCAGCACAUGAACCAGGACGUUAUCGGCGGGCGCAAGGCGCUCACCCCAGUCCUGAAGCGCGACGAUGCGCUGAAAGAGUGGGAGCGGAGACAGCAAGGCAAAGCUGCCGCGGCGCAGCCGUACCCGCAGCUGGAGUUCCUGCAGCAGCAGGCCGAGAUCGCGGCGGCGCAAGGUCUGACCAGCUGGGGUCAUGGCGGUGGCGCGGCGGGCCGGUAUCCGCCUCCGACGUCGAACCUCGCGCACUCGUACCAGCCGAACGCGAUGGUCGUCGACGAGGACCGGCGGGACGUCAUCCUGUCCAACGCGCGGAACGCGGCGCACUCGGACCCCGCGAGCAACCUCUUCGCGUCGCCCGGCGGCAGCGUCAUCCCGAGCCCACCACAAGCCUACGCCAGCAACUCGACGACAGCGGGCAACCGGUACGCCGCGACGUACAACCAGCAGGGCGGGCAAGGCUCGGCCUCAGGCUUCGACGGUGCGGAGCGCCGCGGCAACGACCUCGGCGCGAUGUACGCGCCGCUGCAGCCGGACCAGUUUGGGCCGUACAACGCCGCGGCGGGGGGCGCGCAGGCGCAGGGCGGCGCACCGCGACAGGUCGUGCCCCCGCAGCAGGCCGUCGCGCCGUCGUUCUAUGGCGCGGGCGUCGUCCCCGCUGGACAUGCGAUCGGGAACAACAACCAGCAGCGGAAUCCGUUCGCGGGCCCGGACCCGUCGCAGGCGACCACGAAGGAGGCGCGGCGGAAGAGCGGGAUGGAGCUGUGGAGCCAGUGA